UAGAGGCUUGGAGUGCGCCGGGUAGACACUUCUCGCUACUCUUUCCCAGCGGCAGCGGCGGCGGCGGCCAGGAGCCGGCUCUGGGACUGAAGCGCAGCGGCCAAGGACGCUGGGCUGCGAGGAUUACCCGUCAAGUGGCUGUCUGGCUGGCUGGAGCCGCGGAGAGGGGCGCUCGGGACGCGGAGCCGGAGUGCGCGGUCGGAGGCGGAGUGGGUGAAGACAAGCUCCGGCGGCUGGUUCGGUAGCCCGCCAGGAGUGCGGGCACCAGGCAAGCAGGCCGCGUCGCGCUCACCAUGGUCAACUGCUGGGACACCGGAGUCCUGCUGUGCGCGCUGCUCGGCGGUCUGCUUCUCACAGGAUCUAGUUUGGGUUCAAAAUUAAAAAGUCCUGAACUGAGUUUAAAAGGCACCCAGCACGUCACGCAAGCAGGCAAGACCCUAUAUAUCAAAUGCAGAGGGAAAGCAGACCACUCAUGGUCUUUGCCUGAAACAGUGAGUAAGGAUAGGAAAAGGCUGAGCAUAACAAAAUCUGCCUGUGGAAGGAACAACAAACUGUUCUGCAGCACUUUGACCUUGACCACGGCCCAGGCAAACCACACUGGCUUCUAUAGCUGCAAAUAUCUAUCUAUUCCUGCUUCAAAGAACAAGCAAACAGAAUCUAAAAUCUAUAUAUUUAUUAAUGAUACAAGUAGACCUUUCUUGGAGAUGCACAGUGAAAUACCUGAAACGAUAUACAUGACUGAAGGACGGGGGCUCGUCAUUCCCUGCCGAGUCACAUCACCCAACAUCACUGUCACUUUAAAAAAGUUUCCAUCUGAUACUCUGAUCCCUGAUGGAAAAAGAAUAACUUGGGACAGCAGGAAGGGCUUUAUAAUCGCAAAUGCAACAUACAAAGAAAUAGGGCUUCUGACCUGCGAAACAACAGUCAACAGCCAUUUGUACAAGACAAACUAUCUCACAUAUCGACUAAGCCAUGUAAUCUUUGAUGUCCAAAUGAGCACACCAAGCCCCGUCAAGUUACUUAGAGGCCAUACUCUCACCCUCAACUGUACUGCCACCACUGCCUUGAAUGCAAGAGUUCACAUGACCUGGAGUUACCCUGGUAAAAAAAAUAAGAGUGCCUCUAUAAGGCAACGAUUUGACCACAGCAAUUCCCAUGCCCAUAAUAUAUUCUACAGUGUUCUUACUAUUAACCAAGUGCAGAGCAAAGACAAAGGCAUUUAUACCUGUAAUGUGAAGAGUGGCCCAUCCUUCAAAUCUGUUAACACCUCAGUGCGUGUACAUGACAAAGCAUUCAUCACUGUGAAUCAUCGAAAACAGCAGGUGCUUGAAACUGUAGCUGGCAAGAAGUCUUACCGGCUGUCUAUGCAAGUGAAGGCAUUUCCCGCACCAGAAGUGGCAUGGCUAAAAGAUGGGUUACCUGUGACGGAGAAAUCUGCUCACUAUUUGGUUCGUGGCUAUUCGUUAAUUAUUAAAGAUGUAGCUGUUGAAGAUGCAGGGAAUUACACAAUUUUGCUGAGCAUAAAGCAGUCUAAUGUGGUUAAAAACCUCACGGCCACUCUACUCGUAAAUGUGAAACCCCAGAUUUACGAGAAAGCUGUGUCAUCGUUCCCAGAACCUAUUCUCUACCCACUGGGCAGCAGACAAAUCCUGACUUGUACCAUUUACGGUAUUCCUCAACCUACAAUCAAGUGGUUCUGGCGUCCCUGUAACCAUAACCAUUCGAAAGCAAGGUAUGACUUUUGCUCCAGUAGUGAAGAAUCCUUUAUCCUGGAUCCUGACAGCAACGUAGGAAACAGAAUCGAGAGCAUCACUCAGCGCACGGCAGUAGUAAAAGGAAAGAAUAAGACUGCUAGCACCUUGGUUGUGGCUGACUCUAGAAUUUCUGGGACCUACAGCUGCAUGGCUUCUAAUAAAGCUGGGACUGUGGAGAGAAACAUAAACUUUUAUAUCACAGAUGUGCCAAAUGGAUUCCAUGUUAACUUGGAAAAAAUGCCUACUGAAGGGGAGGACCUGAAACUGUCUUGCACAGUGAGCAAGUUCUUAUACAGAGACAUUACUUGGAUUCUGCUGCGGACAGCUAAUAACCGAACCAUGCACCAUGGUAUUAGCAGGCAAAAAAUGAGCGUCACUAAGGAGCACUCCAUUACGCUUCACCUUGUCAUCAAGAAUGCUUCCCUGGAAGAUUCAGGCACCUAUGCCUGCAGAGCCAGGAACAUAUACACAGGGGAAGAUGUCCUUCAGAAGAAAGAAGUUAUAAUUAGAGAUCAGGAAGCACCACACCUCCUGCGAAACCUCAGUGACCACACAGUGGCUGUCAGCAGCUCCACUACUCUAGACUGUCAUGCCAGCGGUGUCCCUGAGCCUGAGAUCACCUGGUUUAAAAACAACCACAAAAUACAACAAGAACCCGGAAUUAUUUUAGGACCAGGAAGCAGCACGCUGUUUAUUGAAAGAGUCACAGAAGAGGAUGAAGGCUUCUAUCACUGCAAAGCCACCAACCAGAGGGGGUCCGUGGAAAGUUCAGCAUACCUCACUGUUCAAGGAGCCUCGGACAAGUCAAAUCUGGAGCUAAUCACUCUGACGUGCACCUGUGUGGCUGCAACCCUCUUCUGGCUCCUCCUAACUCUCUUUAUCCGAAAACUGAAGAGGUCUUCUUCUGAAAUAAAGACUGACUACCUGUCAAUUAUAAUGGACCCAGACGAAGUUCCCCUGGAUGAGCAGUGUGAGCGGCUCCCGUAUGAUGCCAGCAAGUGGGAGUUUGCCCGGGAGAGACUUAAACUGGGCAAAUCACUUGGAAGAGGGGCUUUUGGAAAAGUGGUACAAGCAUCUGCAUUUGGCAUUAAGAAAUCACCCACGUGCCGGACUGUGGCUGUAAAAAUGCUGAAAGAGGGGGCCACAGCCAGCGAGUACAAAGCUCUGAUGACUGAGCUCAAGAUCUUGACUCACAUUGGCCACCACCUGAAUGUAGUCAACCUGCUAGGAGCCUGUACCAAGCAAGGAGGUCCUCUCAUGGUGAUUGUUGAGUACUGCAAAUAUGGAAAUCUGUCCAACUACCUCAAGAGCAAACGAGACUUAUUCUUUCUCAACAAGGAUGCAGCAUUACACGUGGAGCCUAAAAAAGAAAACAUGGAGCCAGACUUGGAGCAAGGCAAGAAACAGAGACUAGAUAGUGUCGCCAGCAGCGAGAGCUUCGCAAGCUCCGGGUUUCAAGAAGAUAAAAGUCUAAGUGAUGUUGAGGAAGAGGAGGAUUCCGAGGGUUUCUACAAGCAGCCCCUAACUAUGGAAGACCUGAUUUCUUACAGUUUUCAAGUGGCUAGAGGCAUGGAGUUUUUGUCUUCAAGAAAGUGCAUUCAUCGGGACCUGGCAGCGCGAAAUAUUCUUUUAUCUGAGAACAACGUGGUGAAGAUUUGUGAUUUUGGCCUUGCCCGGGAUAUUUAUAAGAACCCCGAUUAUGUGAGAAAAGGAGAUACUCGACUUCCUCUGAAAUGGAUGGCUCCUGAAUCCAUCUUUGACAAAAUCUACAGCACCAAGAGUGACGUGUGGUCUUACGGAGUACUGCUGUGGGAAAUCUUCUCCUUAGGUGGGUCUCCAUAUCCGGGAGUGCAAAUGGAUGAGGACUUCUGCAGUCGCCUGAAGGAGGGCAUGAGGAUGAGGGCUCCUGAGUACGCCACCCCUGAAAUCUAUCAGAUCAUGCUGGACUGCUGGCACAGAGACCCCAGAGAAAGGCCGAGGUUUGCAGAACUUGUGGAAAAACUCGGAGAUCUGCUUCAAGCAAAUGUACAGCAGGAUGGUAAAGACUAUAUCCCACUAAAUGCCAUACUCACAGGAAAUAGUGGGUUCACAUACUCAACUCCUGCCUUCCCUGAGGACUUCUUCAAGGAAGAUAUUUCAGCUCCAAGGCUUACUUCAGGAAGUUCUGAUAAUGUCAGAUAUGUAAAUGCUUUCAAUUUCAUAAGCCUGGAAAGAAUCAAAACAUUUGAAGAGCUUUCACCAAAAGUCAUCUCCAUGCUUGAUGAUUAUCGGCUGGAUGGUGGCACUCUGCUGGCCUCCCCUUUGCUGAAGCGCUUCACCUGGACUGAGAGCAAACCCAAGGCCUCACUGAAGACUGACGUGAGAGUCACCAGCAAGAGUAAGGAGUCGGGGCUUUCUGACCUCACCAGGCCUACUUUCUGCAACUCGGGCUGCGGGCGCAUCAGCAAAGGCACGCGCAGGUUCACCUCUGACGACUCCCAGCUGGACAAGGUCUUGUGCUGCUCUCCUCCCCCUGACUACAAGUCGGUGGUCCUGUACUCCACCCCCCCUGUCUGAAGUGUGACACACAGCCUGAUUUCCACAGCCACAUGUGUAUUUACAUCCUGAGAAAAUGAGCUUUUGCCAGUAUUAUACACAUAUACAUUUACACCUCUACCUUUCCACAGGGGCCACAUGCUUUAUGUGAUUUUUAAUAGUGCUUUUUUCUGACUAACAAGAAUAUAACCCGACAGAGAGAGUAAUGGUGACAAGUGAAGGCCACUACUGCUACACCCUCACAUUACUCAGUGUGCUCGAGAAAACUGUUUAAGCCCAGAGAGUCCCUGCUCCUUCCCCCCAGGCGGGAGGGCAUGGAUGACUCAGGAGACACACAGCACAGGAGGCCGGCCGGCUGCUGCAGCCCUGGAACCAAGCUGGCUGGAGCGAUGCCUCUGGGUCCUUUGGCAGACAUAUUGUGCAAGGGGGAGAAGGAAGGGAGAAACGCAGAAGAGAGAAACAGAGGACAGGGUGUGAGAAAGGAGAGUUUGAGCUGGACCACAAGAAAAGAGGUGAGGGCUUCCUGCAAGGCCCCUCCAGUGGCUCCCAAAGCCCUGACCUGACCUGUCCCAUUUGAGAACCCAGCCUGGGGUUCGCAGAAAGAGGGUGCCCUUCCUCAUUCUGGGAGGCAAGGAAAGAGCAAACAUUUGGGGGGACAAGAAAGCAAAUUUUAUAACAUUAGCUAGAGGACUGGUUCUUUGUCCAUUCCUGUAUAUGGCACAUUUUUUACUUCUAGCACUGAGGGUGGUACUCAGAGCUGACCCCAUACUACUGGCCCCUCGAUCAAGACACACUGAAUACUCACUGAGCUAGCUCAGUCGGCAUAUUAGUUCAGGGUGUGCAGCAUACAGCUCACAGUAACCUCACAGGAAUGUCUCUCAUCUGUUAGGGAGUGUCUCUGGUGGGCCUAAGGCCCCAUUUUAGAGAAUAUUGUCAGAGUCUAUUUUGAGUGUUAAUGUAUAGUCAAAACACUUACCUCAGUGUUUUGUAUUAGCCUGUUUUGUACAGUUAGUUAUAAAAGGAAGCUGAAGAGAAUGAAAAUGCAGUCUUGUGGAGGCUUUCUCUAUAUCAAAACUAGGAUAGAAGGAGUGAAAAAUACAAGGCAGAGUGAAAGCCCCUCUCUCUACCAACCAAACCAACUCACAGAAACAAUUGGGACCCAAAGGAUAGAAGUCAAUCAUGGUUUUGUUUUUGUUUUUUAAAUUUCACGGGGAUUCCACUGUCCAGUUUUUCUCCUGGGAAGAUGUGUUAGAGCAUUUACCAAGGUUUAUUAAGCACUUUAUGCUCCUUGAGAACAGAGGUGAUACGUAAGAUAUUUCUAGAAUCAGGACUCAGGAUAUUAAUCAGCCAUCAACAGGAGAAAAGCCUCUCUUCAUCUGCUUUGGACCUCGCCUUGGUCUGAGGAGGAUGGGAACAGGGAACCAGGUGCGCAGGGUGCCUGCUCUUCCAUGGUCUGAGGGCCCUGGCCUCCCGGAUGGUUCUGAUCUGUUUGAUGCUCAGUAUUCAGGGCGUUUGGAGCCAGUCACAGCUGGAGAGGCAACAGCAAAUUGCUGCUUCCAGUAGAGAAGAUGUGGUUCCCUUGAAUCAUGUAACUUAAUUCUAGAACCCGAAAUGUAAGUAGUGGAAGAAUCCUUCCCGUUGUCAGUCUGGUUUCAAGGUUCUUUGUACGAAGAGAUGGAAUUCGUCACAUCCCCAGUGAGACACUGGCUGCUCCGACGGUAGCUCUGCUGCGGGCGCCUCCGGCCAGCAGAGCACUGGGCCGGCCUCUCCGCCAACAGCCAAGUCCAAACAUCACCUGCACAAAAGCACCUGUGACAACCGGUGACAGUGUAAACCAGGAAACCAAGAGGAGGUUAAACAUGGGGAGGAUAAAGAAGACCUCAAUCAAUUUUCUCACUUUUUCAAAUCAGAUAAGGAUCCAGCAAUUAGUGAAAAUCAAGAAAAACCUUAGCUAUGUAUGAGGUCCUGAUUCCAGUCAUCUCAUUUUUAAUCAAUGAAACCUUAGUAAUACCAUCUUACCAAUAGAAAACAAUGUAUCAUAUGUUAAUUCAGUUUCUUGAAAGACUUGAGUUUGUAGCCUACAAGUUCAUCUGUCAAAAAAGGUUCCCAUCUGGAGUCUGGACAAAGGAAGGAAAAUGGCAGCUCGCAGUAACGUGUGCUGUAUGAAGUUGCACGGUGCUCGCCACAGACAAGUUCACUGAAACAGCACCAAAAACUACAGCACUAUCCAACCAAUGGCGUCAUGAGGGUCGUCUGUCCCUACGACAGACAGGGUCAGCACUGACAGGACGCAGCAGCGUUUCUUGCAGGAUUGGAGAGAGAGCACGCGUGUAGCAGCACGGGCGGAAGGGGACAAAAUGCGGGGAAGUGCUGGUCUAGUCAGUCUAAGAAACAAUGCUCAGACCUUAGUUGGAGCCCGUGCAACUAACGUGUUUGUCCAAAUCCUGGAAAAUGUUCCUUAGGUCUUCUAGCUCUGCCCUGUUCCCCAGCCUGUAAGAAUGUCAAGCAUAAAAUAAACAUUUGCCAGCCCCUUUUAGUUGACUAAAGGAUGAAUGCAUCUUUUGACUGACAUGGUAGUAAUUAAAUGUAUAUAUAUGUGUGUGUGUGUGUGUGUUUUGUGCAGAACUAUUUAAGGAAACUGGAAUUUUAAAGUUACUUUUAUACAAACCAACAAUUAUGCUGCAGAUAGAUAUGAUUUGGUCCUAUCUCUCUAGUCAAUAUGAAUGUAUUUUGUAUACUAUCUUCAUAUAAUAAAGUUAA